GAUGAUUGCUGCCUUACCAAAUCAGCACUAGUACACAUCAGUCUUGUGUCGAGUUCAUCUCCCAGCACCCUCUUUUACAAGGUCCUUCGAGCCUGAUGCAGCAGUUUCCUCAGUCUACGAUGUUUUUCUCUGAUGGUAGUGUCCGCCCUCGGCGGGAGAUUCAUCGGCCCCGCCACCUGGACGACUUCCUGGUGAAUCUACCGCUGCGACAGCUACCACAGACCACCACAUCACAUGCCCACUCCAACGUUGGAUACAGCAGGCCAUGGGAUGCUGCUCCAGCUUCCCCCACUGGUCAGACAUCUCCAAACGUUGUCCCUGAUGCAGUCUUCACCGCUUUGAGGGAGAUGCAGGAAGACAAUCUUCAGCUUCGGAGAGACAUGCAGAAUGACACAAUGCAGUUGCGGAGGGAUAUGCAGCAUCUCCUCAACGCCCUCUCACAGCGUCCAUCCGCUGCGCCUCAAGCUGCAUCUGCCAGUGUCGACGCCCCACCUCCAGCACAGCACCCCUCAGCCGUCAGUGACGUAUCCUUUGCCCGGCUACCUGUUCCGCACCUUGCCUCCACACCAGUACAGUCUUCAGGAGUUCUGGCACCUGAAUUCCCUUCUCCACCGCCACCGGCACAGCCAGACAGUGACCCAUAUCCACUGCCACCGCCAGUGACCUAUGUCGUGCCACCCAGCGCAGCAGCACAGCCACCUCUGCCACGGCAGCUACCCCAGCAGAUGCCACCGCCUCCGUCCUUGCAACCACCGCUAGUAGCAGAGCUCACGGAACAUCUGCGGAGUCUCCAUCUCCUGGCAGAACCUGACCAGGCUGCCCCUGCGCCCCCACAUCCAUUGCGCACCCCGGACUAUACGUCGCCGUACACCCCACCUCGUCCUUCAUCUGCACGUCUGCCCCAGCCACCACUUCGCUCACCUGCAGAUCUCAGGACAUGGAGUCAAAACCAGCGUCACCGUCUCCUCACCAGAUCGAGGUCACCGUCUCCUCACCAGAUCGAGGUCACCGUCUCCUCACCAGAUCGAGGUCACCGUCUCCUCACCAGAUCGAGGUCACCGUCUCCUCACCAGAUCGAGGUCACCGUCUCCUCACCAGAUCGAGGUCACCGUCUCCUCACCAGAUCGAGGUCACCGUCUCCUCACCAGAUCGAGGUCACCGUCUCCUCACCAGAUCGAGGUCACCGUCUCCUCACCAGAUCGAGGUCACCGUCUCCUCACCAGAUCGAGGUCACCGUCUCCUCACCAGAUCGAGGUCACCGUCUCCUCACCAGAUCGAGGUCACCGUCUCCUCACCAGAUCGAGGUCACCGUCUCCUCACCAGAUCGAGGUCACCGUCUCCUCACCAGAUCGAGGUCACCGUCUCCUCACCAGAUCGAGGUCACCGUCUCCUCACCAGAUCGAGGUCACCGUCUCCUCACCAGAUCGAGGUCACCGUCUCCUCACCAGCCUAGUCGACCUCGACCUCCGUCCCGGCAGGAAACAUCCUACCGUGGACCAAAGCCACAGAUUCCCCUCUUCACUGAUGAUGACCCUCGCCAGUUUGCUCGACUGAAGUUGGCGUUGGACAAUCUCUUGCCUGCUGACGCUUCAAAUAUCAGAUCCUAG